CCGGACUGUGCAAAGCGUCGCAGCGGAUCGGGAAAGAUCGGGUUGCAUGGAGGCGCUUAGCGAUGCGCAGGUCGCGCUCUUCGCGUCCGGUGGCGCGCUCGCCGACUACGCGAUCCUCAAGCCCAUCGGGAAGGGCAAGUUUUCGGUCGUCUACCGCGCCAAGCGCAUGGCCGACGACGUGCUCGUCGCGCUCAAGAAGAUUGCGAUCGACGUCAUGGACAAGCGCGCGCGCGAGAAGACGCUCAAGGAGGUCCGGCUCGUGCAGUCGGUGCACCAUCCCAACAUCAUCCAGUAUCUCGAUGCGUUCAUCGCUGGGAACGAGCUCUGCAUCGCCUUCGAGUGGGCCGAAGCGGGCGACCUCAAGCGACAGAUUCGCAAGGCGAACGAGAAGGACACGCGCUUUGACGAGCGACUCGUGUGGAAGUACUUUGCACAAAUCGCGGCCGCAAUCGACCACAUGCACACACACCGCAUCAUGCACCGGGAUAUCAAGCCCGCCAACAUCUUUCUCAUGUCGUCGGGCCAGGUUAAAGUCGGCGAUCUCGGGCUUGGCCGCCACUUGAGUGAGAACACGAUGGCGUGAGUACGUGGUGGGCAAUGCGUAGUAAGUGACGGCGAUUGGCUCGGC